AUGAAAUUCUUUGUUGUUUUUGCUUGCGCUUUGGCUGUUGCCUCAGCUGGAUAUUCUACUCCCGUUUACCAUGGACCUCAACAUCUUGCUGUGAUUGGUAAGGGUGGAGUACCAAUUGAUACUGCUGAGGUGCAACACGCUAGAGCUGCUCAUUUCUUGCACAAAGCUGAGGCUGAAGCCCAAAGUGGACAUGAUUACUAUUACGAAGAACCAAGCUCAUCUUACAAGAGUUAUGCUCCAGCUGCUGAAACUUAUGGAUAUUCCACUCAUACCCUUCACGCUCCAGCUGUUUACAACCAUGGAGGAUACGGUUCUUCUUAUGGUUAUGAGCAACACGUACCUUUGAUCGUGAAAGGAGUACCAGUUGAUACCAUUGAAGUUCAACACGCCAGAGCUGCCCAUUUGGCCGCCCACGCUGCUGCUUCUGCCAAAGCUUAUGACCACUACCAUCACUAUUAA